CUUCGCGGCUCGGGCAGGCGGGAGAGGUGCGCCCGCCUCGGCUGCAGCCUGGUCGCGCCCUCCGCGCUUCUCUGCUCCGGACUCUCGGGACCCGGACAGCCGUCGCCCUGGGUACAGACUGGUCGCGCCCUCGGUUCCCGGCGCUGCUGACCCGACUUUGGGCCUGAGUGUGGUCCCUGCGGGCCGUGGUCCCUGGCCCCAGGGCGGCACAGCCGCACUUGGGCAUCAGUCCUAGGCUAGAGUGGGAUUCCACUCUUUUUAGUUCGAUUUUCACAUAUCUGUACAAGUAUACGUGUCUGCAUUUUAAAUGACUGCAUCGUGUUGUGGGUAUUUUUAUGUUGGGCGAAAAAUUUAAAAGCUAACUCGUCGUGUGGCUAAGUUUCUUUGGACGAGAAGGAAGCAAAAGUCCAAGAGACACCACUCUGAAACUGCUGAAGAUUGUGUGAUUCCAACUGCAUGACAUUCUGGAAAGGGCAAAGCUAUGGAAACACUAAAAAGAUCAAAAGUUGCUGAGAAUUCAAGGCAUGGUGAAGGAUCAAUAGCCCCAACACAGAAUUGUUAGAAUACUGAAACUACCCUGACAUUGUCCUGGUACAAAACUUAAACAUGAACAACGAUACAUAUUACCAAUGUUCAAAGCUGAUUUGGGUAGAACUGGAAUACAGUUGCAUACAACAUAUUCCAGAGGAAUUAGAAAAGUCAAAGUAAUGGAUAACAGAAAAGAGCCUCCAUUCUUCAAUGAAGAUAACGUGGGACCAUUUUACUUCAAACUUCCUUUCUAUGACACCAUGGAACUCUUCAUCGAAACAUUGACUGGAACAUGUUUUGAACUAAGAGUUUCACCCUUUGAAGCUGUUAUCUCUGUGAAAGGAAAAAUUCAAAGAUUGGAAGGUAUUCCCAUCUGUCAGCAGCACUUAAUUUGGAAUAACAUGGAGCUUGAAGAUGAUUAUUGCUUGAAUGAUUACAACAUUUCAGAAGGUUGUACCUUGAAGCUGGUAUUGGCUAUGCGUGGUGGACCGAUAAGUACUAGAAAAGUUCUUGUGGAAGACCCACUUAGGGAGCUUGCUGAGUACAUGGAUUCCAGUCGGGACGAGGUCUGGGAAAAGACCUCUUGCAACAAACAAGUUACAUUUUUGGUAUACCGAGAAGGAGAUCAAUUGAAUUUCUUUCGUGUAGUAGAUAGGGGAGAUGGCACUUUAACACCAUUAUCUGAAUCUCUAAGUGGUGGCUCUGUGUAUAAUUUGUAUACAGACGAGGAUGAAGAAGCGGAGCCUUCUCCUUCUGGGCAACAGAUCAUUGAAAAUUCAAUAACUAUGAAUAAGAUGAAGCUGCUGAAGGCUAAGAUGGAGAACAUGAACCUCAGCAAAAAGCCUAAGAAAGUUGUCAAGCUAAAACCUCGCCCACCUGUAGCCCCUCGACCUCCCAGCAGUUCCACAGCAGCAGCCAGGCACAGACUGUUACGAGUCCUGCCUCACAUCGGGCAGUCUUGUUUACCUUCUCCUGGGAAUGCGUAUCUCCCUGAAACAUCCAGGAAUGCAGGCUCAAGUCCUGCAGCAGCUCAGGCCCCUGCGGAUAGACCGGUAUCAUCUCUCAGAAACGAACUGCUGAAGGAGGAUGAUUGGGAGAUUAACACACUGUCUCAUCCCACGGGUAGCAUCAGACUGCUACCUCAGAUGACCCACAUAGAACUGGAAAAUGACAAAGAGCUUGCAGAUUCCGUACUUCAUCUUGGAUCAUCCCUGCCUAGGCGGACAAAGCACCUUUCAGGGAACUUGCCAUCUAAUAAUGAGGAUGAUGUCGUCUUAUUUCCACCGUCAGAAGAGUGUGUGUCUGAAGAGUUGCUCCUGACAGAAGUAGGUCCUUUUGCCCCAUUUGCAGAAGGAAAUGAUGUCGAGCACUCGAACAGUGGUGUAGAAGGCGUAGGGAAGGUAACUCCAGAGUUCCCACUCGCUAAAGGUGAUAGAGGGCUGAGAGCCGCAGAGCAGCCUCUGAACCAUGUGGCAAGAGUGUUGAGCAGUGACCCUGUAGACAAUGCAAUUCUUAACCACCGAGAGUCGAGCUCUCACAAGAACAGACUCCUGUCGCCACUUCUCUGUGCUGCACCAGGGUCACUACAUAAUUCUCUGGUGAAGCCACAGAGACAGUCAAAAGGUUUUGAGUCUGGCAACCCCUCAGCGCCUACUUCACAAAAUGCCCUGCGGGAAUUGGACAUUCGAACCAUAGCCGAUUCUUCUUUCUCUAGGACUGCUCGCUUUCGUGGCGUUAAAGUCGAUUCGCCUGGGAAAAGAUCUGAUGUUAUUUCCAAAGUCGAAGCUCGAGAUAUCACAGAAAUGGCUAACAAAGCCUCCAAAGAGCCUGUUGGUUGUGUGAACAAUGGCUUUUUGGCUUCACUGGCACGGAGUGCAAGCAGAGACAGUUUGCAGAGCACGCGUGGGGCAGGCAGGCUCCGGCCCUCUGGAAUUGGGUUGUCUACAAACUUCCAGCACUUCCAGGAUGAAAGCACUAGGAGAAGUUCUCCCCAGUUAGAACCUACAGAGUUUUUUCUAUCUGCUCGUGGUAUUGGAAUGAGUGGAAAUAAUGCAGCAGCAGGGAAAAGAGUAGGCAUCAAGAGCUGCCAACAACCCAUGAUUCCUCAAACUAGAGCCUAUGACAUCUGCUGCUGUUUCCUCACCCUGGGAGAAAGCACCCACCAUCUUCCACCUGUGAAAGCCCCUCUUCAAACAAAGAAGAAAAUAACGAAACAUUGUUUUCUUUGUGGAAAGAAAACAGGACUGGCCACUAGCUUCGAAUGCAGAUGUGGAAACAACUUCUGUGCAUCUCAUCGCUAUGCAGAAACUCAUGGCUGCACCUAUGACUACAAGAGUGCAGGGAGGAGAUACUUGCAGGAGGCAAACCCUGUGGUUAAUGCACCAAAACUUCCCAAAAUCUAACUCUUCUCUGCGCUUUACUGCUCUGCCUGAGGAAUCCUAUUAUAUUGACAGAAGAAAUAUUGUUUAGACUGCAUUAUUUUUGUUCGACUCCAAAAGAUUUGCCAAAUAACAAGAGCACACAGUGCAUACUGUUGGAGAAUGAAAAUGCCUAUUGUAUUGAUGUCUUUAUUCUUUGGUGAAUCAAAAGUUCUAAAAGUAGUUUUAAAAACUUUACACUAUAAUGAUUUAGUUUUGUUAUUGCAUGUCUGUGUUAAGUAUUUUAUAUUUGAGAUUGGAAUUAUUUAUUAGACAAAUCUUCAAAAGAUGCACUUUAGGAAGUUACCAUUGACUGUGUAACCAGGCUUCCAUGUUGUACAGAAAUGAGUGUUUCUGUAAUGGCUCUAUUCAAACUGAGCACAUUUUGCCCAUUUUUCUUUCUUUUCUUGUGGGGAUGGGGUAGAUGGAAUUUUUUCUUUUUAUAAAUCCCACAUGUGAAAGUUUAUGAGGUUUACUAGCAGGUUCUUUUUUAAAGAACAUUUGUUUCUCCAGUGUGAUUUUUAACACAUAUAUUUCUUCCAUAUUCAGAUUGGCAUUCAUAUAUGUAUCCAUUCUGUAGAACACAUCAUGUUAAUAUAGUAUACAUUUCUUAAAAUACUACUUUUUAAAUGGUAGUUUUAAAAUAACAGUGUCUUCCUUAUUGCCAUUGAAAACAGAGACCAACUUUUCACUUUUCAAAAAUGGCUAUAUAUAUUUUUAAAAGUCUCACAAAUUUGGUUUAUUUUUAUUACAUAUUGAGUGCUUUUGCAGGGGAAAAUAAUAUUCAAAUAAAUAUUCAACUUCAAAAUGA